AUGUCUGAAAAUAUUAGUGAACUUGAAAAGCUCAUAAAAUGUAAUCUUUCUAUUAUUGAGAACCAAUCAUCUUCGUCUAUGUCUCAAGAUGGUAAUUUUCAACAAACUUUAAAUAAUUUAAUUGAUUUGGUAAAUAAAACAAUUGUUGCUUCUAAACAUUGUGAAAAAUUUGUAAAAGAGCAGAAUGAAGAAAUUAAAGGCUUUUUAUUGGUUAAUACAAAUUUGGUAUGUGAAGUUGAACAUUAUCAAAUUUUUGGUGCAACAAACAAAGUUUAUAAUAUAUUUCAAGAUUAUUUUAGUAAAUCCUUAGAUUAUUUGUUAAAUUUUAUAUUAAAUUUUAUGCCACUUAUUGAUAUUAUUAAACAACAAAUUAAAAUGAUUAUUGAACAAAAA